GUAAACGUAGACGUAGACGUAAAUUAGGCUGAUUUUGCGUUUUACUAAAGGUCGUAUCUUACGUUUUGGCGUAGAUUUACGUCAAAAUCUACGGGUGACGUGCAGCAGACGUAGGAACGUACGUAGCGUAAUAAAAAUGGCGACGUACCUACUGAUGCAACGCGCACUUAGAAGAGAAAGGGUUUUCCGCGAUAGGAGUCAGCCGCUAGACUCUCUGGAUGACGUGGAUUUGAUCUCACGGUAUAGAUUUCCUAGGAGAGUUCUUUUAGAACUAAUUGAUGCCGUUGAUGCCACAUGUAGACCGGCAACGAAUAGAUCCCACUCUAUUCCCACACAACUGCAGGUGCUAUGUACUUUGCGUUACAUAGCAAAAGCUGAUUUCUUUUCCGAAGUUGGGGACAUCCAUGGGGUUUCAAAGUCGUCCGUGUCUAUAUGUAUACCAAAGGUGUGCCAUGCCCUUUGUGAGCAUUUGCAAAACAUUAAAUUCCCGUCGUCAAUAAUGUCUCUGAGGAAAAUAAAACAACAAUUUCACUCCAUAGCCCGCUUCCCCAACGUAGUAGGAGCCAUAGACGGGACGCUUAUCCCUAUCAAAGGAAUGGGUGGCGAUGAUGAGCCCAUCUAUGUAUCAAGGAAGAACUUCCAUGCCCUUAAUACACAAGGGGUAGUGGACGCAGAGAUGAGAUUUCUUAACAUCAAUUGCCGAUUCCCAGGCAGUACGCAUGAUGCAUACGUAAUGUCAAACUCCAGCAUUCCAGAAAUCAUGGCUAACCUACCAGAAGGUGGCUGGCUGCUGGGGGACUCUGGGUAUCCCUUGAAAGAUUUCCUCAUGACACCAUUUAAUACCCCGUCUACUCAAAUGGAGGAAAGAUAUAAUCUUGCUCACUGCCGGACAAGAAAUAUCGUAGAGAGGGCAUUUGGCGUGCUCAAGUCCAGAUUUAGAUGUCUUCACAAAAGUGGAGGAUGUCUCCCAUUUACACCCGCCAAAUGUGCACUUGUCAUUGAGACAUGUUGCAGACUCCACAACAAGGCCAUUGAUGAGAAAAUCCCCCUACAGCUAGGCGGCCCGGUUGUGUUACAACACAAUAACUUUGUUCACGGAGGAGCACCUCCACGGUCAGCCAGAGACCUGAGACAACAAAUUGCAUCCAGAUUUUAAGAAACUUUUAUAACAGAAAGGAGAGCAAACUGAAAACGAUGAACUCACUGUAUUUUUUGAAAUCAAAAAUGAAUAAUCUAUGAAUCCUUUCUUACAUAUAUUGUCAAGAAAGGUGAUUUUUGAAAUGUAAUAUCAUUUAAGUUAUACAUCUUUAUUGCUUUAUUACUUUAUAAAUUUAAUAUUUUUAAGCUUCACAAGUUAAUAUUAUAUUAAGAACCAAUAUUACAAUUGACCAAUAAUCAGUCCAAAUAUACUGCUCAAUAUUGCAUGUAUUUGCAACAUCAUGUAAAAAAGUUUUGACAUUGAGUAUGAAAAAUCUGUGGCACAUGUACAUCAAGUGAACCUGAUAAUAUAUUUAAGUUAUAACCGUUAUCCCUGAGUCUUUAUAAUUUUAAAGUUAGUUCUCUGUGCGAAACUAUGUCCAGAUGUCAUUUCUUACUCAUUAAUUAUGCUAGUAUAUGUGCUGUGUGUUAAUAAACUGUUACACAGAUUUAUGAUUUUGUUGUACAUGUUUAUGAUGAUAUGGGUACAUAGCUAUUUUCACAAAGAUAAAAAAUAUAAAAAUAAGGUGACAGAUGGAAAAAUUCCAUUACAACAUGUACAGUUUAAGUUGAUAUGAUUGCUAUGCUAACCAUAAUGCUACUGAUUUUAUAUGAAAAAAAAUCUUGAAUAUUUAACUACAUUGACUGUGAAGAUGAUUGUUAUUAAUAUCCCAAAAUAGUAACAGAUUAAUUGAUACAAAAACUGACAUAGGUGUCAAAACUACAUUUUUAUAAAGGGGCUCAUCAAUCCAUAUUUUGUUAAACAAGUAUUGAAAUUCCUUAUGUGCUUGCAUGAUAAUACAAGAUGCCCAUUAGCCUUAUCGGUCACCUGAGUAAAUGCAGUGCAACUUUGCAAUGUAUAUUCCUGUGCUAAUGAAAUCAUAUUUAAUAUCCCGGGAUUGUUUAAUCCAAUAAACUUUAUAAAUUCUAAAAAAAAAUAUUAAAAGGUUGUAGUAUAACAUACUGUGACCUAAUUGAAUAAAAAUACAUCACUCUACUCUAUAUAAUCAUAAGAGCCAGGGGCCAUCAAUUUCACAAUUUUAACCACCCUCCCCCUUCAUCUAUUAAUGCUAUAUGCCAAAUUUGGUUGAAAUUGGUUCAGUGUUUCCAGAGAAUAAACUAAAAAAUGUUAAGGUGACCUAAAAAUGGACAUAGACAUGCAUACUUGUAGGUUGGCUUAUCCUACUAGAUUU